AUGACCAGAGCAGCCGCGUCCCUGGUCCUGGUCCUGGUCCUGGUGGCCCUGUCCUCCACCUCUACUAAAUAUGUCCCCAAAUCUGGCCAGAGGAUCCCUCAGUCGCUGUCUCGAGGUUGGGGCGACCAGCUGAACUGGGCUCAGACGUACGAGGAGGCUCUGUUCUUGUCUAGGUCCAGGAACAAGCCUCUGAUGGUCCUGUUCCUCCUGGAGGACUGUCCUCGCAGCCAGGCGUUCAAGCAGGCCUUCAAUGAAAACGAUAAGAUCCAGAGGAUCCUGGACGAGGACUUUGUGGUCUUCAAUAUGAUGCAGGAAACCGUAGAUCAACACCUGUCCCCUGAUGGACAGUACGUCCCCAGGAUCAUCUUUGUGGACCCCUCCAUGACGGUGAGAGACGACAUCAUUGGACGCUACUCCAACCGCCUGUACGGCUAUGAAGUAGAAGAUAUGAAUGUCUUGCUGGAAAACAUGAAGAAGGCCAAGAAGCUCCUUAAAGUCUCAGCUGUGAGCCGCAGAACCACACCCACCUCCACCCACUCCCUCCCCGAGUCCACAGCUGCUGAAGUCUGAGCUGUGAGCAGGAGGAGGCGCCCUCCACCCACCUCCACCUUCAGUUUGCUGUCACCAGUUCACAUGUGAAAAGACUUUCACUUGAAGGGUUCCUCUGUCUCCUGACGUGUCCCUCCUCAACUCCACCCUGAUUUCCACCCUGGUAUCUUUACUGCUCAUCCUUUGGAAUAAAAACUGAUGUGUU